AUGUUUUCGACCACCACCCUUUCCCCAAACAUCUCUAAUGUCUGGACUACUCUAGCUUCAGACAGCAACCAAACAGACUCAAACUCCCAGAAUUCCUACACAGUCAGCCUCCUCCUCUCCUGCCUGUACACUGUCCUGCUCUUCCCCCUCGGUCUUGUGGGAAAUGUAUUGAUUUUGUUAGUGAACUUUGACCCAUGUCAGAGGAUGAGUUCUCCGGACCUGUAUUUCACUAACCUGGCUCUGGCGGACCUGGUUCUGGUCCUGGACUCUCUGAUCGAGGUUUUUAACCUGAGUGCACAUUAUUACGAUAACGCAGUGCUGUGCACAUGCAUGGCCUUGUUUCUCCAGGUCAACAUGUACAGCAGCGUCUUCAGUCUGACCUGGAUGAGUCUGGAUCGCUGCCUGGCACUGACGCAACUCAGCACGCGGGCCAUGCCAGUCAACACGUCCGUAAGACAGCGCCCGCGCUUGGCACAGAGAGCAUGCCUCGCUAUCUGGGCAGCCGCGGUGCUCUCUACUCUCCUCCCGUUCGCCAGCGCUCACAUCCAUCACGGCUGGGGGCGGGGCUUCUGUUUUGCGGGCGCGGUGGAAGUUCAGUGGGUUGAGGUGACUUUGGGGUUCGUCCUUCCUUUCUGUGUGAUGGGCGUGUGCUACGCGCUUAUCGCCCGUGCGCUGCUCCGUGCCAGUCGCCGGGGAAACGGGAGCAGAACCGCGCCGCCGGCGAGGGCGCGGCGUGGCAAGGCGCUGCGCAUGAUCGUCGCCGCGGUGACGGUGUUUUUUGUCUGCUGGCUUCCCGAAAACGUGUUUGUGGGCGUGAACCUGCUGCGCGGGGUGACAGAAGGUCCGCGUCGCCGCGGAAACAGGACGCUGUGGCAACGUUACCCGUUGACGGGACACAUUGUGACACUGGCUGCCUGUGCCAACAGCUGCCUGAACCCGCUGGUCUACAGCCUUCUGGGAAAAACAUUCCGACGCAAACUCCGGAUUUUUAUCAAACAUCACGCACACUGUCUCACCUCACACACACACACACACUCCUGCCCGAACAGGACGACGGCGGGAGGGAGGACACACCCGCGGGACGGAGAGAAUGAAAGAGGAGAGUGUGAGAGAAUGAGAGGGGAGAGGGCGACAGAGCCUGGUGAGCAGAGACUGUGUGUGUGUGACAGGUCAUCGGACUACAGUGGCUCUGUCUGA